AUGUCCAACUUCGAAACCACAACGAGGAAUGUUUCGGUCUUGCGGGCGCGUGCAAUCUACAACACCAAUAGGGAAAGAGGUCUGCGAAGCAACAGCAUCGAGAAGGGCACGGAAAAAGUCAAUCCUGCAGACGAAGAGCGAGCGAUCGCGGUCACAAGUAUCACGGAACGCGCAAAAGCAGUAAUUACGAAGAUGAAGACCAAGCUGAAGGCUUUUAUGAAGAGCGACUGGUUGGUAGACUUGGUCAACGGACUUGACCCUAUCUUUUAG